GAAAUAGUGUGGAGACAAAGUUGGCGUGCAGAAUUGAGUUGACGCGGACUUCGGUGCGCGUGCUGCGGUUACCGGAGGCGCGUCUUUGGAUCUUUAGGCACACCGAGAAGCUCGUGAUGCGGUCGUUGUGCCGAAGCAGCAGCUACGAUGGCGUGUCCGGUUAAAGCUCACUUAGCACGUGCUCAAAUACACGAAGAACUGGCCUGCGCCAAUGUACACGAUGCGGCCGCCGAGUAUACGGACGACUCUAUCCGCUGUCGCCUUCGCGACUGUACAACAUCCAAGUCGACAUGUUCGACGGCCGCGUGAACCACGCCGAGUUCUUCCAGCUGAUCCUUCCCCUUGGCAUGCUCAUAGGUUCGUUGGUUACGUUCAACCUUGCCGAUCGCUUGGGACGGGCCGCGAUGCUCGACCUCAGCGCCAUUCCGUACGUCCUGGGUUGGUUGUUUGUGGGCGUGGCGUUUGCAAGUCACGCUCAGAUAUUUCAAACGACAGCUUUUGUGUGUUUGGCUACCAAUCUGACAUAUAUAUAGUCACAUAAUACGUCGAAUUUUUAUUCUUUUUCACAGAACAAAGUUUGAACUGCAACAGUCCAUUUUUUACAAACAUGAUAUUCUAUCGAUAGCUCAAAAUUCCUAUUGAUGACUGAGAAAUGAUCGUUUUGCAGAGAGGCACAAAAGCUGGUCCAUAUUGGUAUUAUACAGGUUGUAGUUGCAUUAUGCACUCUUUGCGUGUUGAUCAAGCAUGCUUAAUAAUUAUAUUGAUUGCUUAAUACAAGUGUAAACUUUAUUUAUUAUAUUACAUAUCUAUUUUAUACUAUGCAUAUACAAUGUAAGGUUAGUGCACAUGGUUGUAUGUCAUGUAAUAUAAGCUCAACGGAUUAGUAAUCCAGAGUGUUAUAUACUAUCACUAUGUAUAUUAUCGCUAUAUUGUAUAAUUAUGGAUUAAUACAAUGUAGUAUACCAGUGUAUAAGUGAAAAUUAGGUGCGUACGGAG